AUGCCUCUCCUCGUGCCCCGCGACAUCACUGCGACAAACCCGAGCGCAUCGACGCUCGAGGCGCUCAACAAGAUCAACCAGUAUGGUCCUUACGGCUACGAGCCUAAUCUGGGCGGCGCCAUCGUCUUCACCAUCGUCUUUGGCAUCUGCUCUGCCUUUAUCCUGUACAGAGUCUUUGCCCGCCGCGCAUGGUGGGUGCUCGCUACGCUGGGCGUGGGCGCCGUCUUUGAGUGCGCCGGCAACGCCGUCCGCAUCUAUGGGCACUGGCACGCCGACGUGGUGAACCCGUACAUUGCGCAGCAGGUCAUCCUCGUCCUGACGCCGGCCUUUAUUGCCGCGUGCCACUUUGCCACGCUGGGCAAGCUCGGCCAGGCGUACCCGCACCAGCUGCCGCGCUUCAUCCGCAAGCCCCAGUGGAUCACGGCCUUUUUUGUCAUCCUCGACGUUGCCUCGCUGGGGAUCCAGGGCGCUGGCAGCGGCCUCGCCGGCUCCACCGAGGCGUCGGACACGGACGCAGACGUGGACACGGUCAACAACUACGGACUGAUCGUCGUCGGCGGGCUGGCGCUCCAGCUCGUCGGCUACCUCGUCUUCAACGUCGUCUUUGUCCUCUUCAGCCUUCGCCUGCACCGCGCAGGCCUCCUGGACAGCGGCAGCCGCCUGCGCGCUUUUCUGAUCGCCACCUGGUCUGCCUCGGCCCUCAUCCUCAUCCGGUCCACCUUCCGUACCGUGGAGAUGGCGCUUGGCUGGAUCGGGCCCGUCGCCACGCGCGAGUGGUACUACCUCGUGUUUGAUGCCACGCUUGUGGCUGCCUCGAUCGUGCUCCUCACGCUCUACUCGCCGGCAGACCAUGUCCCUACCGGCGAAGUGGUGCAGCAGCAGGCAGAAAAGUACAUAGAUGAAGAGCAGGCCUGA